UAAAUAAAUUGGCACUGAAACUAACAAUUCUGGUUCUUCGACCGAGUUUAUAAAAGAACAACGCCAACCGGUGAAGUUGGCACUAAGUUUUCUGUUCGCAUACGAGUUAGUCGCCGUUUUCUCCUGUUCAAUCGACAAAGAUGUUCAUCUCGUGGUUAUCGAUUCUAAGCGCAAUAUCAGUUGCCACAGCGUUGCCAGUGUCUGUGUAUCCAGUUAGGCCAUAUGUGUUCUUAGCUCCUGAAUUGCCGAAAUUCGCAUUGCAACCGACGGUUAAAGUACAAUCACCGGCAACGAUUCAACAAAUUCAACCGGUUCCACUAACAAAGUCAGAAUCAGCACCUACCAGACAAUAUGUGGUAGUCUAUCCAUCCUAUCAAUAUGUUACAACUCGUCAAGAUGAUUCAAGCAACGCGGGAUUUUUCGAGACGAUUCAAAACUAUUUCAUCAAUUUUGGCAAUGGACUGAGUCAGAGUGAUGAUGCGAGCCAGAUAAUGGAUGCAAUUGAACCGGAUAAGCCACAGACAGCUGCAGCAACAUCAGCAACAUCAGCAACCACAGCCGAUGCAACCAAAUCCAUUUUCGCUCCUGAACCAGUAGUAUCACAGGAGAAAAUCACACCAACGCCAAGUGAAAGCAAACAGAAAUUCUUCUAUUCAUAUUUAACACCCGCGUCCACCGUUCCAUUGAAUUCCGAUCGACGGUUAUUCUUUUUGGGUGAUCAACCACAGGUUUUCGGUUCAUUCAGUGGAUCAGCGCUCAAUCCUGUGUUUAAUUUACAACAAGUGCCCGUUGUUUUAUCAUCACGCUCGAAUGUUGCCCAGCCCGACGAUCCGCAGCCGAAUAAAGUGAUCUCGGAAAAUGUGCAGAAAUUCUCACAAAUUCCUCCCGUGAUGGCCACCGUUGAGCAAACACCACAAGUUGAAGGCAAAAGCAAUUCCAUUGAACCAACCGAUUCGGUGGUUGUAGAUGCCGUACCAGAAAAUCGUGUCGUUCCUACAUUCCAACCAGUUGAGGAUAAUCGUGCGCUGCCCGUUGUUUCCACAGAAGCGACAGUUUUGGAUGAUAAAGCUCCUGUCGUUGCUGAUGUCGUGCCAUCCGUUAUUGUGGCCCGCAGCAAUCCCAUCCCAUUGGCUGUCUCAGGUGAUCCGGUAGUUUCAUCCUCAGCUGUAGCAUCGUCAGUUGUGCCAUCGUUCGUUGUUGACGGUGUGGUUGGAGGCGUUGUCGAAGGAAAUGAAUCAGUUCAACAAACAGUCGUUAGUCCAUCGCUUAAAGAAGUUGAACCGGCUGUUGUUCCUCCGGCCGUCGUAUCCUCUAUUGUCGCUGACCAAACCGUUCAAGGCAGCCCAACCGUGGAAUCGGUCACUUCGGGAAGCGUUUGAAUAAAUA